GGCAUCAAUCUUUAAUGCACAUUCAUGCAUACCUGCUUUGUUGUAUGUAUGUUUGUAGGCUUACUUCUGCGUCUAGCAGAGGGAGAUGUGGUCUCUGACUUCUAUGACGAUCCUGCCUGCAUAAAGUUCUUCUACUGGGGGAAAGUGCCGGAGUGGCACUCAGACACCCCUGGUGCGGCCCGCAUCUGCCAGCGCUUCCUCAAUACAUACCAUUUUGCCACGCUGUACGACACACACCAUCGCAUCGCCAUGUACUCUGCUUACCUCUUUGAGCCCAGCAACGGCGGGGGGCGGGAGAAACGCUGGUUUUUGGAGCCCCAGCUGGUGAAUCAGAACUGGGGAGGGGAGAUGAAAGAGACUGUGUGGCUGGAGCAGGUCCACCCCGGGGUCUACCAGGGUGAGCGGCAGGCUCUGGACGAGGACUACACUCACUCAGGGCUUGACCGGGGUCAUCUCAACCCCAACGGGCACCACGCAGUUCCAGGACGAAACGCCACAUUCAGUCUCACCAAUGUGGUGCCUCAAAACCCCAAACUGAACCAGAAUGCCUGGGCGAGUCAUGAGUCUAACCUGGCCAAGAUGUUCAAAGUCCAGUGCGACAAGGCCUAUGUGCUGGUAGGUGCCAUCCCCUCUGCGGAGAACUGGAUCAUCAAGAAUAACAUCAAACGGGUCAAUAUUCCAGAGUACAUAUGGAACGCCUACUGCUGUAUUGAUCGCAAUGGCCAUCCUGUUGGCAGUGGUGCAGCGAUUGCUCUUAACACUGAGCAGAACCUAGUUGUGGAAUACACACUGGGUGAACUGGUGGAGUUCCUGCGGAAGCACUCAAACAGCCCAGUAGGAGAGCUCUUCCACCAUCAAUGCCAAUAAACAGGCUGCAACUUUGCUUCAGCUAAAACUGGAUCUGUCUGAGAGCUGAGGAAAUGACAGGAAAACAUCAUGAUUUUGCUUUUUAUCAAAAUGGAUACGCUCAGUAGCUGUUGCAAUGAAACAAUGAAGACAUAUAUAACCAAAGGCAUGAUCAUUUUAGUAAGAUGAUUUUUAUAAUAUGAUUUUUAUACUUUUUGAUCUGUUUCCACUACGCUUUUUUUCAGUACAUUUUGAAUGCAUUAAAACAUGGAUUGCUAUAUAGGUUUAAUUGAUGUAAUUAAGCUAAUUAAGUAAAAAGUAAACCUUAGUUCACAAUGACAAUGUACCCAAAUUUGUAAAAUGAUUUAAUUCUGUCAUUUUAUUUUAUACAUGGACUUUUUGUGUCACAUUACAUUGAGUCUUUCACAUUAUAUAAGUCAUUCCACUGUGUCAUUCCACAACAUUCUGUGCACCUGGAUGUCAUAAGGUACAAUGCUGUAACCAAA